AUGAGCACGGACGAGAAAUACGUUUUCUACGGCGGACCACUGGAAGAGCCGAUCGAGGCGGGAUGUCGUUCGCUGGGCGAGCUGAUCAUCAAGCGGCUGAAGGAGAAUGGAGACGAAGUAGCUUUCAUUGAUGCGGUGACGGAUGAGAAGUUCACGUACGCCGAUGUGCUGGAGCGCUCGGUGCGGUUGGCGAACCGGUUCCACCGGGUGGGUAUCAAGAAGGACACGGUGGUGGCGGUGAUGUGCGAGAACCGCAUCGAGCUACCGAUCGUCACGUUUGCCGCGACGUACCUUCGGGCGAUCCCGAUCCUGCUCAAUCCGGGCUACACCGCCUCCGAACUGGCACACGUCCUGAAGCAUACGCAACCACGAGCAAUCUUUGCGUCCCCGUUUGCAAUGACCACCCUGCAACCGCUCCUGCGCACGGUUCGAUCGGUGAAACUGACCGUACUCUUUGGUGACAAACGACCUCACCCAAAGGUGACUUUGUUCCGCGAGCUGUUCGACCGUAACCGGGCUCAGUUCAUCACCUUCACACCGCAACCGGUUCAGGUAAACGAUCAGGUCGGGCUAAUGAUACUGUCCUCCGGUACAACGGGACUCCCUAAAGCGGUCCAAUUGACGCACUACAACGUGAUGUGUGUGCUGGCGUACAUGCGCGAGAAUGCUAGUAUCUUCCCAUUCGAGCAGAUUUGUCUCGGACUGCUGCCGUACUUCCACGUGUACGGCUACAUGGUGCUGCUGCACUCGCUACUCAACAAACGCCAGCUAGUGUCACUGCCAAAGUUCGAACCGACCCUCUUCCUAUCGUCAAUCGAGAAGUACCGGGUGACGAUCGCCUCCCUAGCACCACCGCUGAUGGUCUUUCUAGCUAAGAGCCCCCUGGUAGACAAAUACGAUCUCAGCUCGCUGGUGUUCCUCGGUUGCGGAGCGGCUCCACUAAGCAAGGAGCUCGAGCUGGCGGUUAUGAAGCGUCUGCCGAAGCUGCAGAUGAUUCUGGUCGGGUACGGACUGAGUGAGACUUCGCUGGGUGUGAUGACCCGCGCCUCGGACGUACACGGAAGCGUCGGCAAGGUGAACAAGCUAAGCUGGGUGAAGGUGGUGGAUGUGGGAACGGGACGCACGCUCGGCCCCAACCAGGUCGGUGAGAUCUGCGUCAAGGGUCCGCUGGUGAUGAAAGGCUACCUGAACAACGCCAAGGAAACGCGUGAAAUGUUCGACCGGGAUGGCUGGCUGCAUACCGGCGACACCGGGUACUUUGACGAGGACGAGAACUUCUUCAUCGUCGACCGCAUCAAGGACCUGAUCAAGUACAAAGGCUUCCAGGUGCCACCGGCCGAGGUGGAGGCAGUCCUGCUGACGCACCCAUCGAUCAGGGACUGCGCCGUGAUAGGACUGCCGGAUGCGGCCGCCGGUCAGCUUCCGUUGGCGUUCGUCGUGCUUCAACCUGGUGCCAAUGUGAGCGAAGCGGAAGUACGGGAGUACGUCGCCAGCCGAUUGUCCAAGCAGAAGCAACUGCACGGUGGCGUACGGUUCGUGCACGAGAUCCCCAAGACGGCCAGUGGCAAGAUUCUACGCCGUGAGCUGCAGGCUCUGCUCACGAAGGCGAAGCUCUAAGCGCUCCACUUAUCGCGAGUCCCAAGUGAAGUGAUAGCGUACCCGGUUUCUGCAGGUCACUCCGAUAAAAGAACAACACCCCAUAUGACUUGCGGGAACGAGGUAGCCCAUAUAAUCUUGAUGUAGCGUAUAGUCAAUAAAUAAAAACUCCUACCUCCCGGCGC